CACACUUGUACGUAGACGUACCGGUACCGGUAGAGAUUUGUUUGUUGUUGAUGCAUGCCACGUACGUUGAGAACUUUCCACGAAAAAUGCCUACGUAGCUAUACAGACUCGUGCGCCGUAACUCCUGGCGAAUAACGCUUCACCGUUCCGCUAAAGGAGGGAGCUAGAGCUAGCUCCAAAGACACCGGUCAACAUGUCGGCGGGGAAGGACAAUUAUCGUGAAGCCAGUCGGCUGUUGUUUCUUUGUGUCAUGUGGUAUUUAAGCAGCUUGGGACAGAAUGUCAUCAAUAAACAUCUAUUCACGGAAUUUCCUUAUCCAACGACUGUUUCAAUGUGUCAUAUGCUGGCAGUUGCGAUACUUUUGGAGCCGGUUUUGAGACUCUGGAAUGUGCCGGCUCCGGAAGUCAUUGACAGAAGACAUUUCUUCAUUUUGGUUUUACCUCUUGCAUUCGGAAAGUUUUUUUCAUCAGUUUCAGCAGAAUUUAGUAUUCUUAAAGUUUCAGUAUCUUUUGCACAUACUGUGAAAGCCACAAUGCCAAUAUUUACAGUAUUUUUAUCACGGCUGGUCCUAGGAGAAAAACAAACAACAAAGGUAUAUUUAGCAUUAGUUCCCAUCAUCUGUGGUGUGAUGAUUGCGACCUUGACUGAACUCUCUUUUGAUAUGUUUGGUCUCAUCGCCGCUCUGACUUCCACCAUUACCUUCGCCCUCCAGAAUGUAUACUCGAAAAAGGCUCUUCGAGACCUAAAGAUCCACCAUCUAAGGCUGCUGCUGAUGUUGGGCCAGAUAGGGUCUCUCAUGCUGCUGCCUAUAUGGUGUUUCUUGGACUUCAGAAGAAUCAUUGUAGAUAGAAAAGUGCUUACAACUAUCAGCUGGUCAUACACCCUCACCCUCCUGUUCUUCAGUGGUCUUCUCAACUUCUUCCAGAACAUCUUUGCGUUCAGCGUCCUCAACCUGGUGACUCCUCUGAGCUACUCCAUCGCCAAUGCUUCCAAGAGGAUCUUUGUGGUUCUCAUGUCACUCAUAAUGCUUAAGAAUCCAGUCACGCCCCUCAACGUCAUCGGUAUGACAACGGCCCUGCUUGGAGUCACAUGUUACAAUCUGGCGAAGUUUGACCAGACCCGGUCCAAGAACGUCCUGCCGAUGGUGAACUCUGACCUUGUAGAUGGGCGCAUCUUGACGGAGCAUGAGAAGGCCAACGGGCACGCCAAGGCCUAUCAUGAUGUAUGACGCCAACUGAGAAGGGGUAUCAGCCCUACCUUCAGAGUCGGACGCAACAACGAAGCCAGGAUAUAUGAUGUGUGAUCCAUGAUGUGUGAUCUCUUGUGAGUGAGCCUGAAACUUAGCAUAUGAUGUACAGUCCAGUUUAAAUGCCCUGUAAAUUUACACAAUUUUCAGGUGUGUGCCCCUCCCCCCCCCCCCAUCCCCCCUUUGAAUGGCCAAAAAAAAAUACAGAAAAGGUAGACAAGGAACCAGAGAAAGAGAGUGCAGAAAAGGAUGAGAAAGAAGAUAAUAGGACCCUGAUCUGUCUAAGGGGCCGUUUUCGUAAUGUAAUCAAAUUCAAUGUACAAAUCUUUGUUAAGUGCCCCAUUACAAAUUAUUUCAUUUACCUGUUACAAAAAAUUGUAUUUCAACAGUCAGAAUGCAAAUUGCAUACUGAGGUAGGACAAGCCAUAAUGUUUGUCCCACCUAGCAACAAUCAAUGCAUGUUAUUCGCAUUCUGACUGUUGAAAUACAAUUAUUC